CCGGACGAGGCGGUAGCAACAUCCUGGAAGACUUUUACACAUUCAUGAGGCGGUGACUUAAAAAGAAAAAAAGAAGCUUCUGGAGCGGUGAACGACACGAGCUUUUUUUUUUAAACAAGAAACCCACACAAAAGACUUGAAGCUUUUCUAUUUAAAAUCACUAAAUUGUGAAGUCUGAAGUCUUUUCAACGGAACAAACCUUCUUCAAGAUGACUGACUUCUGAGCGAAGCCCACCGGGAGACCCCGAGGACGUUCCUCCAUCGCCGACAACUUUACCAAACAAAGAAGACAAAGAAGAAUAUUUCAAUAACAUCACAGCCAUGGACUCCGGAAAGCAAAUAACGUUUCCCUUGUUGAUGAGUGUUGGAGCAGCUGUGAUUGGCUCUCUGCAGUUCGGCUACAACACUGGUGUCAUCAAUGCCCCUCAGAAGAUCAUUGAGAAGUUCAUCAAUGAGACGUGGUCUGAGCGCUACCAGGAGCCCAUCACUCCGGGCUCCCUCACCGCCAUCUGGGCCAUCGCCGUUGCCAUCUUCUCUGUUGGCGGCAUCUUUGGUUCCUUCUCCGUCGGACUGUUUGUCAACCGCUUCGGAAGGAGGAACUCUAUGCUCAUGGUCAAUGUCCUUGCCUUCCUGGCAGCCAUUCUGAUGGGCUUUUCGAAGAUGGCGAGCUCCUGGGAAAUGCUGAUCAUUGGUCGUUUUGUGGUGGGGCUCUACUCCGGCCUCUCCACAGGCUUUGUGCCCAUGUAUGUGGGCGAGGUUUCCCCAACAGCCCUGCGAGGAGCCCUGGGCACCUUACACCAGCUGGGCAUUGUCGUCGGCAUCCUCAUUGCACAGGUGUUUGGACUGGAAGCAAUCAUGGGCAACGAUGACUUGUGGCCGCUCCUCUUGGGUUUUACCUUUAUCCCUGCUGUGAUUCAGUGCAUCCUGCUGCCUCUCUGCCCCAAGAGCCCCCGCUUCCUGCUCAUCAACAAGAAUGAAGAGAACAAGGCCAAGUCGGUGUUGAAGAAGCUCAGGGGCACCACAGAUGUGAGCGCUGACAUGCAGGAGAUGAAGGAGGAGAGCCGGCAGAUGAUGAGGGAGAAGAAGGUGACCAUCCCAGAGCUUUUCCGCUCAAACCUCUACCGCCAGCCCCUCCUGAUCGCCGUCGUCCUGCAGCUCUCCCAGCAGCUGUCUGGCAUCAACGCUGUAUUCUACUACUCUACUCAUAUCUUUGAGAAAGCUGGAGUUGAGCAGCCUAUCUAUGCCACCAUUGGAGCCGGAGUAGUUAACACAGCUUUCACUGUUGUGUCGCUGUUUGUGGUGGAGCGUGCAGGCCGUCGGUCUCUGCACCUGAUCGGGCUGCUGGGAAUGGCCGGAUCUGCCGUCUUAAUGACCAUCGCCUUGGCUCUGUUGGAGCAAGUCAAAUGGAUGUCCUAUUUGAGCAUCGUGGCCAUUUUCGCCUUCGUGGCCUUCUUCGAGAUCGGACCGGGUCCCAUCCCCUGGUUCAUUGUGGCAGAGUUGUUCUCGCAGGGACCCAGGCCUUCAGCCAUCGCUGUUGCUGGUUUCUCCAACUGGACUGCUAACUUCAUAGUGGGAAUGGGCUUCCCGUAUUUACAGGCACUCACAGACCCCUACGUGUUCAUCAUCUUUACUAUCCUGCUGCUCUUCUUCUUCAUCUUCACCUACUUCAAAGUGCCAGAGACCAAGGGCCGGACGUUUGACGAGAUCUCAGCCGGCUUCCGGGGGACGGGCGCCGCCGGAGGAGAGAAGCACUCGCCGGAGGAGCUCAACAGCCUGGGAGCAGAUUCUCAGCUCUGAGUGGCUGAUUUUUUUUUAACCCCCUAACAAACUCUUUCUCAGACCCGAGGAGGGACGAGAAGGGUCUACUAACUAGGAGUAGACACAUCCAUUGGUAGAAUAAUUUUCACACUGUCACCACAUUUCGGGCACCAUUACCAAACACAGAACAGCCCUGUGUGAUUCUCCAACAUGACGUCCUCCGCUGCCCCUCUCAUGUCACACAAACAAACAAAAACUCGAUGGGCACUGUGUCGCCUGAUGUGGAGAGGGGAGUUAAGGAUAGAUGGGGAAGGUUUUUAAUAUUAUAGAAGAUAUUUUAAAGAAGGAAAAGUUUGCAUCAAUCAACCGACCUUUUUUUUUUUUUUAAUCUUUUUUUCACUGAAUAUAUUACUGAUGUGUGCUUUAUGCUCUGUUCUGUAGCCUGUUACCGUGCCGUUAUUAUCUGGAUUUAGAGCGCUGCAGCUGUAGUUCACUGUGCAAAAUACUUGUUUGUAUCAAUCAUACUGUAAAGCUGUAUCACUGUAGACUCCAGCACUGUAGAUGCUGCACAGCUCCAAUCCCCACCAGAUGGGGCACUGCCCUUAAAAAAGGUCCCAAUGCUCCACUGAUGAAGGAAUAACUUAUUUGUGCCUUUUUUAAAGUUACUGAGUACACAAACUGUGAUAUGUUGGUGUAUUGCUGUGAGCAUUUGAAACUUUCUUAAUUAAAUUUAUAAUUUAGACUAAUUUUAGUCAUUUAGACUAAUGGUAACAACAUGGUAUCCACAUGUUAUACAUUUUUUGUUACCUUUACACUCCUGCUGGACAAUAUUUAGUUACACUUUAGUUACACUCUCUGACUAUAAUGCAUUAUUACCAUACUUAGAAUGCAUUAUAAUUACCUUAUAGCACUUUAUAAUUAUAGUUAUAUGCACUGGUGUAUAUUAAUGCUUUAUAACAAUCUCAUAACACAUUAUAAAGCCAUUUAUAAUGACUUAUUAGGUCAAUUAUAGUACUUCAUAACUGCUGGUAACUUACUGACUUUUUUGCAAACGUCAUAGUGUAUUAUGUCUAUUAUAAUAAUUCAUUAUAAAAAUAAGUUAUAAGAAGUGGCCCUUGGGUGCUCUGUAAAGUAAUGUGAGUUCCUGAAGUAUAAGUAGAUAAUAUAUUAUAAGACACUAUAAGCUUUUAGAAAAGUGAAAAAAAUGUAAUUUAACGUGUGCAAGAACAUUAUAACACAUUGCAAGUAUGUUUAUAAUGCAUUAUAGACAUGACAUUGAAAAAAAGAUCAGUGAGUGACCAGCAAUAUUUUAGUAUUAUGAUACUUGAUCUUGUAAAUCAUAAAAUGCUUUAAAAUGUGUUGAUUAUGUUAUAAAUCAUUAUGAAUAUUUUGGAGUGCUUAUAGCCAUAAUUAUAAAGUGCUAUAACCUGAUUAUAAUAACAUUAUACUGAUGUUUAUAAUACAUUAUAGACAGGGGUGUCAUACAAAAUGUUACCCAACAUUUGACUCUUUUUAUUGUUGGACAAAAUGCUUUUAUCAGUGCAAAUGUCAAACUGUAACUGUAUCUGAGCGCUGAACUUGGCCGCGAAGAAGAAUAAAUAAAUUAUUCAUCCAUUUUUACCGUGACAUGAGAUAAGUACGCGCUCACAAUCAGCAGCCACAAAACCAAAAAAUCUGUCUCACAAAAGCAGAACAUUUGUGAGAUUAAGUGCCCGUCUGAAACAAUCAAGCUCGUUUUGCCUUCAAGCCUUUCGCAGCCUUAUCACUUUGGAGCAGGUCGACACGAUACAGAAAGCUUCUGUCGCCAGGCGAUCUUCACUCACGAGUAUGUUGUUGAGUCGAGAUUACCUGUAGAGCUUCCGACGUUUCUGUGGAUUUCAGCUGUCUGGAUGUUUCCACACAAUUGUGAGCUGCAGUGCUGCACGCUGUGACAACAACGAAGCAGCUACAGGAAAAAAAGAAAUAAUAUAUAUAUAUAUAUAUAUAUAAUGGGGACCAAAAAGGAAGUCGGCCUGUCGGAAGCUUUCGUUGUCCUGAAAGUGCUUGUUGUCACCCAUCUCGGGUCAAACUCCCAGUGUUCCUUGCGCUCCAUAUAGUGCAUUAUGUGUCAUAGGAGGUGGACACACACACACACAGACAGACACUGCUGUGGUGCACUGAAAUCUGCAGUAUUGUUAGCUCUCUCUCUCUUCGGGUUGUGUACUGCAGUAGCUGGUUAAAAUCUACCUAAAGCUCUUAAAGCCGCUGUCUGCAACUGCUGUAUGACUUGAUGAACCCUUUCUUUUCUUUGAAUGCGUUGUUUGAGGAACGUCUCUUCUUUUAUUAGCAGCACUUUAUUAUUCACAGUGAUAUUUCUUUGUUACUGAGGUUGUUUUUCUGUCAUUUUCUUUUUUUUUUUUUUUUUUACUCACAGUGUGGAAUCUUUGUUACUGAAGAGAGACUGAAGUACUGCUGACUUGUUGUUUUUGAAAUGGAAAUGUGUGGAAAAAGUACAAUUUGUUCAUAUCUAUUAUGACCUUCUAUUAAAGGGACAGUUCACCCUGUGAACAAAAAUGCAUAUUGAUUUUGUAUUUAACAUUAGUGCUAGAUUGUUUUGGUGUGAAUUGGAGAUAUCUGCCUUGGGACUAGAUAGGACUUGGCCUGUAGCGGUAAAAAAGCAUUCAACAGCCAUGUCUGAAACCAUGACCCAUUUUGUCAAGAUAAUCCACAUACAUUGUUCUGAGCAGUUUCAUGUAAGAAUAAUGUUCUUUGUAGUGCAUUUCCUACAAGAUCUGUGGAUUAUUUUGAGUAACUGUGUCAUGAUUUCUGGAAAGAGAAGUCGCUGUUGUGUUUUCCAAAUGUAUUUUUGUCUGCAUUUUCCUGCAAAGUGCCACCUAGUCCUAUUAUAUCAAUCUCUACAGCUGAUAUCUCCAACACUCUGCACACUAAAACAUCUUUACAUAAAUAGCACUGCAGAUAAGAGAAAAAACAUGUAUAUUUUUGGGUGAACUGUCCCUUUAAGCACACAUCAGUGCAUACACACACACAGGCCUGUUGUGAGUAAACAUUGUAAUAUUCAUAAUCUAAUGAGAACGUUGAUACAAAUCCAACCCAGCAGUCAAAAAAUCUAUUUUAAUCAUUCCAUAAUUGGUUGUUAUUAAUUGUAUAUAGUAGAUAUUUUUAGCAUUUCUCUUGUCACUUGAUGGGUCACCUCACCCGCCCUGGAAAGCACACCCACGUUACACCCACGUCACACUUUGUGCCUUUGUGUGGACUUCACAUAUCUUCACCAGCAAAAAAAACAAACAUGUAAUAGCACCAAAAGAUGUACUCCACCACACAAGUGCUGCAAACGCUGUUGCAAAUGUAUUGUAUGUACAUAGAUUCACAGUUCUUGGGCAUUUGAUUUUUAAUGUCGCCUUUGUAAUCUCCGGGUCGGCGGUGUAAACACACAACAUGAUGUAAAUAUGAAACAUACUACAGCCUCACAUACUCCAAAUUUAUUAAAUAUUUAACUUGUAGAAACUUUUUUUUAAAUAGAUAAAUUAAUGAUUAGUACUGUAGGGCUGUACAUCUCUAUGACUUUAGCUUCCAUACUUCUGUUUCCCUUUUGAUUUUAUACCUGAAGACGUGUUGAGGCCUAAUAAUACUAUUAUAAUUCUAUUUCAGAUUUUACAUGUAAGAAUUGUGUCAAUGAGACACAUUCAGUAGUGUUUUCAUUCUAGUGCACAGAGCAUAUUCUAAUGUUUGUAAUAAUAAAACAUCUGUGUGUAUGUUUUUCCUUUGUUUGGAACGUGAGGUUCAGUUUGGAGGAAUAUGAAUAGUGAUUGAUGAUGUCCUGAAUGUUUUUACAGUUUUGUGUAAGUGGUUUAAUGCUGAAUAAAAGAAAUCAUGCAUACAGAA